AUGGAUUUCAUCAAGACCAGUUCCCUGCGUGCUCUGAGUGAGUUAACUUUCCAACGCAACUGGAACGGCCUCAUUUGGAUGAGUAGAAAAGGAGUUAUGGCCAAAAGAGUGAAGACUGUCCAGACGGCUCUAUCGAGAACCGCGGCCAAGCCGCAGCAGCGGCCGGCCGAGAAACGAAUGUUCACGCGAUCGGCCAAAUCAAACACGUCCGUCCCGCCAAGCCCGGCCGAGCACACGCAUCACGACCCGGGAAGCAACGUCCCGCGGUCGGCCAGCCACAACCACUCAAGCCGAUGCCGCGCACGACCAUGCCGCGCGAGCCGGGAAGAACGCCUUGCGGCCGCGCAACUUACGUACCACGGCCGAUGCGCCGUCCGAGCCGGAAGCCGUCCCGCGUCCGGCCAAGAAACAUCGGCCAAUCUUCAUCCGUCCGACCACAGCGGCCGACCACGAAUCGUCCGGCCACGACCGUUCCGAUCGUGCCGAUAG